AUGCCCAAAGCAGACGGAAGCUCUGAACGUACUUCACCCGCACCAUACCCACACGCGCCAUUGCUCCUUGUCAGCGGCGAGCGCAAGAUUGUCGUGCCGCGCCUAGCCGAUUACAAUGCGAUGCUUGCUCUGGCGAAAAGGAAGAUACCGGCUAUUAGGAACAGCAACAUAGAUGGUCUCGUAUGCAAGUCGGCGUCAGUCCCUGGUCUUGAAGGAGAGAAGGUUGAGAUCAGCGAGGAAGUUUGGGCGGAGUUGAUCCCGCGUCUCAGGUCAUUCGAGGUCGUAGGCAAUACAGGCGAUACUGCGUUUACCUUCGGCCGUGUCGAGCAGUCUGGCGCCGCUGGCACCAGCCACGCCACACCUCCUAAACCGUCUGGUUCUCGGCCGCAAGCCCCACUGCCUACACGCAACGCUGCACAUCUGUAUCCAUCUACGGGACCCGCGACGCCUCCUGUCGACAAGAACAUGGCGACUAACGCCGCUUCCGUCGACAACGUGGGUGACAGUCAAGUCCAUAUCACAACGAAGAAUGCCAGGUCACCAGUACUGCGUCCAUCUACGGGAUCCGCGAUGCUUCCUUUCGACAAGAUGGUAGCAAUCCACGCCGGCGCCGUCCGCGUGGGUAACAGCCCGGUCCAUGCUCAGAGCGACAAACGAUUCGACCCCUCCAUCCGGCCGAGGACUCUGCCUUCGAACCACGACGUCACAGUCAACAUUGUCGUCUUCGGAUACCUUCCCGGAUCUCCCGGUAGCUGGGAAGAAGCCUUUCAAGCAGAGAUCAACGGACGAAUGACAUUGGGAGAUCUCAAGGCGAAACUGGCUUUGGUUGGGACGUCGAAGACCAGCGUCAAGGGCACGGUCAAGACAUAUAACGAGGUUUUCAAGAACUCCUUCGUGAUGCCCAUGACCGUUGCGUUCAACGAUAGUAUGGGGAACCUGGCGUGGAAGAACUCGCCUCAUGACGAUGGCUGCGCCCUCGCUUCGUUCCUUUAUCUUCCCGAGUCUCCGCCAAGCUACUACUUCCUUCGCAUCCGAUGCUUGAGCACGCACGAAGGCUGA